UCGGAUUUGGUGUCUGUCCCCCAUUUCCAAUUAUAGAUGGAUCAUUACAGACAGAGAAGUACUGAGAAUCCAGACAUCUGCUCUUCACAUGAAUGCACUCACCUCCUAGAGAACAGCCUGCCAUCAUGCUCUGGAAACUGGUUGAAAAUGUCAAGUAUGAAGAUAUCUAUGAGGACCGGCAUGAUGGAGUGCCCAGCCACAGUUCCAGGCUGUCCCAGCUGGGAUCCGUCUCGCAGGGACCCUACUCCAGCGCUCCUCCGCUCUCUCACACCCCAUCCUCGGAUUUCCAGCCGCCUUAUUUCCCACCCCCCUACCAGCCUCUUCCUUACCACCAAAGCCAGGACCCUUACUCCCAUGUCAAUGACCCCUACUCCCUAAACCCCUUGCAUCAGCCCCAGCAGCACCCCUGGGGACAGAGGCAGAGGCAAGAGGUGGGAUCAGAAACCGGGUCAUUGCUGCCACAGCCUCGGGCCGCCCUGCCCCAGCUCUCGGGACUGGACCCCAGGCGGGACUACCACUCAGUAAGGAGGCCAGAUGUCCUCCUGCACUCAGCUCACCAUGGCCUUGACUCCGGCAUGGGGGACAGCCUUUCUCUGCAUGGCAUCGGACACCCAGGGAUGGAGGAGGUCCAGUCAGUUGAAGAUGCCAAUAACAGCGGUAUGAACUUAUUGGACCAGUCUGUCAUUAAAAAAGAAAGGCGCUGUCCGUUGUACAAAAGGCAUCGGGGGGCUCUGGGUGAGACACAGGCUCAAACCCGAAAGUUGCCAGUUCCGGUUCCUCCAAAAUCUGUUACUUCUUUGAUGAUGAAUAAAGAUGGCUUCCUGGGUGGAAUUUCAGUCAACACCGGAGAGGUGUUUUGCUCUGUCCCCGGCCGCUUGUCUUUGCUUAGUUCAACUUCAAAGUACAAAGUAACUGUGGGAGAAGUUCAGAGGCGACUUUCCCCUCCAGAGUGUCUGAACGCAUCCCUCCUAGGAGGAGUCCUUAGAAGAGCCAAAUCGAAAAACGGGGGGAGAUCUUUGCGAGAAAGGCUAGAAAAAAUCGGUUUGAAUUUACCAGCCGGCAGGCGUAAGGCCGCAAAUGUCACUUUACUCACCUCCCUGGUGGAAGGUGAGGCCGUUCAUUUAGCUCGGGAUUUUGGGUACAUCUGUGAAACGGAGUUCCCAGCCAAAGCUGUUUCUGAGUACCUGAACAGACAGCACACGGACCCCAGCGACCUCCACUCCAGGAAAAACAUGCUGCUUGCUACAAAGCAACUUUGUAAAGAAUUCACAGAUCUCUUGGCCCAGGACAGGACACCCAUUGGGAACAGCCGGCCCACCCCUAUUUUGGAACCCGGCAUUCAGAGCUGCUUGACUCACUUCAGCCUCAUCACUCAUGGCUUUGGGGCCCCUGCAAUCUGCGCUGCCCUCACGGCCCUCCAAAACUACCUGACUGAAGCUCUCAAAGGCAUGGACAAGAUGUUCUUGAACAACAACACUGCUAACAGGCACACAUCUGGCGAAGGACCAGCUUUGCCCGCUUGGCUUAUGAGCUUCUUCAAAGAGGACUAGAGAUCCCUACACAAUAUAUCAGGUACAGAGAAAAAAAAUCCACAAUUCUGAUAUUCUGAUACUUUUUAUUUUUUUGCUUUUUUUUGCUUUUUCAAAUCAAAGCCAGUUGUUACUGAAUUCUGUAGGUGCACUUCUUUAAAGAAGCUCAAAGGGAAUAAUUUGAAUGAGAUAAAAAUAUAAGUUGAAAUUGAGGUGUACUGUUGCAAAGAAAAUAAGAGCUGUGUUGAAUGUUACCGCACUUGCUUGGCACUAGGGUUUUGUACCCAGGGAGGAAAGGGUUGCCAUGUGAGCUGGCUCCUCGUGAUGGGAGUGGGGAGGGUUUGCCAGGGAAUAUCCUGAUUUCUGAGCUCAGUCUGAGGAAAUCUGUUUCUCUUAGAAAGCUUUUAAAAAAAAAUGUCUUGUGACUCUUUGCUUUUGAACAAGUCGGUGUGGUAAGGGGGGAAAAAACUUCUUAACUCCAAUGUUUUUCUUGGUGGUUUGGUGUCUGACAGGAUGUCUUAUGCAUAUGAUUUGGGCUGAUGAGGGUGGAGGGGAAUUCUUAUUUCUUUCCUCUCUUUUUUUUUUAAAUUUUUUUAACACACAUUUCUUUGUCUUCUCUGGUAAAAAUAACUCUGAAGUGUAAGGAUGUGAAUUUCUGUUUGGAUUCUGCUGUCUUGGGUACUUGCAUGUGUUUCUCAGUGGGGUAGGGUUCGUGCACUAACACAUCUUUUUGCUUAUGUCAGAACAGUUACUGGGCGUGGGUAAAACCUCCUGGAGUCACUGGCAAAACUCCAGUGGGGUCAGGCCUCCCCCCAGGAUUCCUGCUAAAGCUGCAGGACUCAAUCCCACCACCCCAGGCAGGUCCACCUGAACUCAAAACAAGAGAGAGAGAGAGAGAGAAACAAAAGAGAAGCCUUAGCCUUGCUUUAAUUUCUAGAUACCUUCCAAAGUGGAUGGUGGGGGAGAAACAAUUCAGCAAUACUGUCAACAUCCCUCAACAGAAUUUUCUUAAAACAUAAAGCAAACAAUGCUCUUGUCACCCUUAGUGUCCUUAGCUCCCUGAGAUAUGGUUACACUUGAGGGCCUGCCCUGCUUUUCACAUCUUUGUGCAGCAAGGUCUCAGCUCUUGUUCUCUAUUUGUGAUUUGGGCAUGUGUGUGGCAACAGAAACCCAGGAAUCAUCCAGCUCCAAGGAGCACUGACCCCUGUGGAGCUGCUCUUCACUCAUGGACCUUUGGUUCUUCUGGGGCAGAGUGCUGUAGGGGAUCUCCCAUGAGAAAAUGGGGGAACUGAGGCAGGCAGCCUUCUCCAUGGGCUGUUGGGAUGAGUUGCAGGUAGCCUUAGACCCUGGCAUGUCCCUGCCAGUGGGUUUGGUUGUGGCAGGGAUUGGCACAGCCCUGAGGAUGUCGCCAGAGGAGGUGUGGUGGUCAAUCCUCAUGGAUCCCUCACCAGCAGCUUGGGGACUUAAAAGCAACCCCCAGGCAGCUCCCAGUUCUCCAAAACCUACCCCUUGCCAACCACCUCCACUUUCAUCAGACCUCUAGGGAAGGACAAUCCAGACUCCAGUGCAGGGCAUGUCCCAGCAGCGAUGUGUGGGACAGGGAGAGGGUAUGUGUGUGUAUCCAGGGAGGAAUGAAUGGCAACAUCCCAAAGCACAUCUCCCUUCUCUGCCUGAUGAGCAUAUUCUGCUUAUUGAAGCGGAGCACAAAGUGCUGGGUGUUGCUUUGUCUGCCCUCUGCAAACAGGAUUUUUUGGGUCCAGCCCUCCAGCAUCGUCCAGUGGCUUUUGGGUGUGGGGAGCCCCCAAGUUGGCUCUCAGUCUUCCACCUCCCCAGCUGCACACGCAGGCCCGUGAAGACCUGCUCCCUGCUAUCCCAGAGCUUCCAGCUGAAGGCUCUGGGGGAAUGUUGGGAUGGUCUUCCCUUGUCUUUGGGAGAAAUAUUGGGAAUGCUCCUUUUAACUGCAGAAGGCAGUUAUCCCACCACCACUGUGAGUUAAUGAGGAGAGGGAACCUUUGGAACUUCUUGGGGAAAGACGGGCUCACACAUGUGAGAGCCUCAUCCUGCUCCUGGUGAAAUCUCCCCUAGGUACAGCUUUGGUCACCUGGAUCAGGACCUAAACGUUGAGCAGGUUGAGGGAAGAGUUUCAAUCUGUCUCUCGUGCCUUCUACCUGGAAUAGACAGAUUGCACGUGUCAGGCUGUGCAUCACUCAGGCAAAAUAAAGCCAAAUUCCCAUUGAUUGCAGUGGGAUGUCCCCCGUUUGCUCCCCAAAGUAUGAAGACAAAAUCCACGCGGUUUGUGAUUGAAAUACAAACAGGGAGAAAACAUGACAUAGAAGCACAUAUCUCUGUUUUCCCUCUAGCUUAGCACUGCUCCCAGAGGGAAAUAUCCAUUGCUUGGUGGCUUCUAUCAGUGCUGAGAGAGAUGUCCCCCCCAAACUCAACUCAGCCUCCCUCUGGAAGGCAUUUUCCUGCUCCCCUCCACUUUCCCAACCCGACUACUUGUGUUGGCGGGGCACCUCAGACGUUUAUCUGAUAAUUGAGUUAUUAAAAGAUUUGGUUUCCUCGGGAUCAUAAAUCAAUAAACAGGAGGAUUAACACGGCAGCUUUGCUUUGUAACUCAAGGGAAAAGUUUGAGGAGAGACCGUGAAAAGUUUGUUUUCAAACCAAACAGGUGGGUUGCUGUAAAUUUUAUUUCAUUCUCAGUCUCGAUUUUUUUUUUUUAAUAACAAUUCUCUAUUUGCCGUUGGAAAGAUCUUUGUUUUUGUAUGCUCCCUGACCUUUUUUUCCCCUGGUUGUUAUUCAUACAAGAUGUGAAGGAAACAAGAAGCCAAUUUUAUGGGAAUCCUUUUACAACCCGAUGAUUUCUUUAAAAUCGGGUCGUGUCUUGUCCCACCUAAUAGAAAUUCUCUGUGAGAAGCUGUUUAAAGUCCCUUUGCAUCCCAGACCAACCUCUCCCCAAAUCCCCAAAUUUGCAUUUGGGGCCAGGAGGGAGGGGGGGAAGGAUGGUUUUAAGACCUUCAGCUGUGCCCAAAGGGCUUAUUCCCUUUCCCUGCUCAUCUCUUUCUGACCGGUUUAUCAUACAGACCUGUCCGGCUCUAUUUUAAUGCGUUUCUCGGAGAAUUUGGUGCUUGUUUCAUCCGCUGUAAGCGUUGCCAGAUCGAUCCGGCCAACCUCCCCCUCCCCUCCGGCUUCCCUGUGUGAGAGACCGUAGGCUUUUUACAAAUAGUAUAUUUUCUUAUACAAAGGGAAAAAAAA